AUGAAGAAUAGUCAAAUAAAUAUGAUGAAUAACUUUAUAAAUACAGGUAAAAAUUCUGUUUUGAAAAGUAGGAUCGGUAGAAAGAGUUUGCAUAGAAAGAUUGUAAAUGACUUGGAUGACAUUAUACCGUUGUUCCAGAAUGGACAGUAUUUAGGUUGGUCAGGUUUUGCUGGAACCAACUAUCCAAAGGUUAUUCCGAUUGCCCUGGCCAAUCACGUGGAGCAAAAUGAGCUGCAGGGCAAGAUGAAAUUCAAUUUGUUUGUCGGUGCCUCGACCGGUCAGGAAACAGAGGAUCGUUGGGCAGCACUCGAUAUGAUUUCUCGUCGCUAUCCACAUCAAGUCGGAAAGAAUAUCCAGAAGGGAAUCAACAGUGGAAGAAUCAAAUUCGCCGAUGGUCAUCUCAGUACGUUUGCCAACGACAUCACCUAUGGUUACUACACAAUGAAUAAACCCAAGGGUGGCAACAGUAUGGAUAUUGUAAUUAUCGAAGCAACCGAGAUUACGGAACAAGGAUGGAUCAUUCCGGGUGCCUCUGUUGGAAUCGCUCCGGAACUCAUCCAAAUGGCAGAUAAAAUCAUUGUGGAGCUCAAUACCUCGAUGCCGUCCUACCGUGGAGUACACGAUAUCGUGAGUAUCGAUCAACCUCCCCACACCAAACCAUUCCAAAUCACAAGAGUAGAUGAUCGUAUUGGAUAUCCAGCGAUUCCUUGUGAUCCAGAGAAGAUAGUUGCAAUCAUAGAAUCACAACUUCCAGAUUCCACUCCAGCUUCAGUGCCUGCCGAUGCCGUAUCGAAAUCGAUUGCCAAUCACAUUGUCGAGUUCCUCAAGCGUGAAAUCAGCAAAGGAUUCCUUCCAAAGAAUUUGCUGCCUCUGCAAUCAGGAAUAGGAAACAUUGCAAAUGCAGUCAUUGGUGGUAUUCACAAUGGUCCGUUCGAUAAUAUCAAUGUUUGGACUGAAGUGAUCCAAGAUACCUUCUUGGAUUUCUUUGAGAGUGGAAAGCUGAAUUUCGCUUCUACCACAUCGAUUCGUUUCUCACAGUCUGGAUUCAAUCGUCUAUUCAACAAUUGGAAGAGUUACAGUACCAAGUUUGUCUUGAGAAAUCAAUCAAUUUCCAACUCGGCAGAGAUGAUUCGUCGUCUCGGUGUAAUUUCAAUGAACACACCCGUCGAAUUUGAUAUCUAUGGACAUGCCAACUCGACUUGUGUUGCCGGUAGCAGAAUGUUGAAUGGAAUCGGUGGAAGUGGUGAAUUCAAUAGAAACUCAAAGCUUGCUAUUAUGCAUGCACCAUCGGUUCGUCCAUCAAAGACCGAUCCACUCGGUGUAUCAACAAUCGUUCCUUUCUGUACACACGUCGAUCACACUGAACAUGACGUCGAUAUCUAUGUAACCGAACAAGGUCUGGCAGAUCUUCGUGGUCUCUCGCCAACUGAGCGAGCAGUCUCCAUCAUUGAAAACUGUGCACACCCAGUUUACAAACCGAUCCUUAUGGAUUACUUUAAAUCAUCACAAGAGAUAUGUCUAAAGAAUGGCAGUGCACACGAGCCACACCAAAUAGAUAAAUGUUUCAAAAUGCAUACCAACCUCAAUGAAAAAGGUACAAUGAGAAUUGAUAGUUGGUAA